AUGGCUAAGUGGAAUGCACGUACAAGGUGCCCCAUUUUCUGGUGUAACAAGACACUCUCGCGGGGCGUGGACCUGGAGAGACAUUUGAAAACACACACUAAGGGAAAAAAAGACCUCUUGUACUGCUGGGGCUGCCCACUUAUGACCAUACAAAAAGCGAACCUCGAGAAGCACAUCAAGGACCACCACUCUGGAGACGAAAAGUACAAAUGUGCAGAUCCAUCAGGUUGUCAAUUUGGUGCCAAUAGCAAAGGCGCCAUCAACUUUCAUCGAAAAAAGUACCACGACUGUGUGCCACCCGAGAGGUGGGAAAUCCGAGCGGCCUCAUCUGAAGCGCCUGCCUAUGAACGAGGAACUAUUAUAGAAUCGUCCAGCUCGUCGCUAUCGUAUGCUUCCAACACUCCUGCCACCAGUCUUGAUGAGACGCCGGUCGAAGAGUUUUCGCCUCCCACCCUUCUAAAUCAUUCAGCCUUGGAUAUGCGUUCUGGUACAUACACAACUUCGGUAUCCUCUCAGGCCGUAGCCACUGACAUGGAACAGUUCCUCUGUACUUCUUUGGCAACUGGCUCGCAACAGAGUGACAAGCGCGCACUACCCGAGGCAAAGGUGCUAUAUCCUGCUAUGAACGUGGGCCCUCCUUUGGAUAUCGGACUCGAACCCCUUUCGUCACACAGAGGAUGCCUCGCAGGAGAUGUCAGUGGGUCUUUGGGUGCAGCUUCGUCUCCCUGCGUUGGCACGACGGACUCUUACGGUUCAACCAUGGAUGUAGCGGCAAUUGCAAGCACAUUUAGUGUAUCUGUUCCUGUCCAAGCGCUUCCUGGUCCCAUCAUAUACCAACAAGCUCAGCCACACCUCGUUUAUCCUGUGCCGACCCUGCAUUUCACGCCCGCCUACAAUUUCCCCGAUCCCAUGGGCUCAACAAUGGAUGCGAACACGUUUAACGAUCCGUCCCCCGCCUACGCCACUAGUCCCUCCGGAUACGGAUAUGAACCCCAGUCCAUCAACGCGGCCCCUUCGCCACCCUCAGUUCCCAUUCACGCUUAUUCUGCCCCGCACCAAACCUAUCAAACAGUGUCUUGGGAUGCAUCGAACUUGGCCAUGCCGCAGCAGCCCGUGGACAAUGCACUAUUCUCGGUCCCAGAACAACGACCUUGGAUGCCGACUUCCUGGAUGCUGCCUUUGUCGAACGAUGUUUCGGAAUACGCGUUCCCAAAUGCAUUGGGAUCCUUUGACAGUGGAGCAUACUACGAGGGAAACCAUUAUCAUUAAUUUCCCAAUGAAGUAGACGAAUGGGCAUUUUGCCGCCCU